CUUCCCUCACUGCUCCAUUAUUGAUUUUCCGGCCAUGUUGUCCGCCGACGGUCUGUUCGGAAACCCUUUUCCGGCUUUUGAGAGUGGUUUCCCUCCUUGGGACUGCCAAGAACCACCUUUUGUCUUUCCACAACAUGAUGACCCGAUUCUUUCCCCACUAGAAGAACUACGAGUAGAAGCCCAAGAACCGGUAAUUUCUAAUUCCGGUUCGGAAAGCUACACUCCGCCCCCGCUCGAUCCAACCGGACAGGCUAUUUCCAUUUCGGGUUCAGAAAACUAUGAUCCAACCCCGCUUGAUUCAUCUUCCGGUUCGGAGGAACCGAACCAAAACAAUAAAAGGCCUUACUCCGGUUCAGAUGAUACCACGAACCCACCCGUUGAUUCUGCCGCAGACGAGCGAAAGCGCAGGCGCAUGUUAUCGAACCGGGAGUCCGCGAAGAGGUCCCGUAUGAGGAAACAGAAACAUCUGGAGAACUUGAGGAACCAAGUGAGUCGGCUUAGAAUUGGGAACCGGGAACUAGUGAACCGGCUACGUGUUGUUACCCAUCACUGCCAACUGGUGAGGACUGACAACGACCGGCUCCGGUCGGAGUCAGUCAUCCUCCGGCAACGUCUUUGGGACAUACGUCAAGUGUUGCUUGUCCGGCAACUUCAGCAACAGCUGGCUACCUCUGCAUGGCCAUGCAAUAAUCUUACGCCCAUGAACGAUGAAACUAUACCGCAACCAUUAAUCACAUGACCUUAAAGAAUCAUUAAAAACCCGCUUCACAUAAAAGCUACUAAAACCGAAGAUAUGCAAGAACCCCGACACAUUUCUCUGUCUGUCUCUCUCUCUCUCUCUCUCUCUCCCCUCUUCCCUCUUUUGCUCUCUCUCUCUCUCUUUCUGUAAAUUAAAGCUAAUAGAAGAGACGGAUUGGUGUUACUCUUGAGCUAUUUUUAGACUUGGGGGACGUUGGAGAAAAAAGAGUAGUAGUCUCUUUUUUCUUUUUCGUUUUUUGGCUACGCCAGCAGAAUCAUCACUCUGUAGAGAGUUGUCCAAUGUUUGGCUAUUGCUUAUCAGUAAAUUAUAAUAAUCGAAAGUCUUCUCAUUGAACUUC